UGAGAGAGAGGAGUGUUUUAAAGCAGUGUGCCGGGCAGAGCAGAGCAGACAUUCAUAGCUGGCCAGCGCUGAGGGGGAAUACUAUACCGGAGCUCCAGAGGUGAACUUAGGAUAGAGGAUACCCUGAGGGAUUUCCUGGGACAGAUGGGAUCUGAAAGGUUCAGCUGCAGCUGACAAGACUGACUUCUCCCAAAUCUCCAUUCAAAGUGGAUGUGUCUGAGACACAGACAGGAGGAGUAGUGUGGAAGGAGCAGCCCCAGAGAGAGCAGAUAAGACCCAGUGAGGAACACAGGGACUGGAGGCAGUGGAGCAGAGAUGGACGCAGGUCCUCUGACAGCCGAGAGAGAGGGCUCCUCUCCGGAGGGCGAGACGGUGUGCGCUGCGCUCGCCCGCUACGAGGCCACACUGAGGGAUGCCGUGUGUGAGAUCCACGUGGACGUGAGCGCCUUCAAGCAGGGUGUGGAGCGUCGUCUGGAGGAGGCGACGGCCCACCCCAGCGAGGGCCCCCUAGGCCGGGCUGUGGCGCAGCUGCAGCAGGAGAACCGGCAGCUCCGGAGCCAGUUGGAGGCCCUUACCCGACAGGUAGAGCUCCUCACUGGGACAGUGUGCGACAGAGGUGCCCUGAUGACUAACAACAACAACAACCACCACCAGCACCAGCUAGCGUCCAUCCAGGCCCAGACACACAGCAGCAGCCAGGAGAGGGCGAGCCCCCGGUCCCCCUCCACCUCCCCUACCAGCCCUGCUGGUGGCCCCAGCAUGGGAGCCCUGACCGGGUCAGCCUCGGGCUCAGCCUCCAGCCCCACUGCCGCCCGCUUCUCCAGCCGAGCUACCUUCGCUGUUUCCAGCAAGACUAACAGUAUUGAACGUGAGGAGCCAAUAGAGGUGGAUCCAGACCCUGUAUCCCCUGGACUGGAGAAUGGACACUCUACUACACCAGAAAACUCGACAGUGUCACAUGGAACGAGCUCACCAGCCAAUAACAACGUCCCUCAUGAAAGCACGGCCCCUGUUGCCAUGCGGAUGCCACACCUACCCAUCACCGCCACAACCAAAACAGCUGACCCCUCAGUUAUGAAGAGUGAAUCUCCCACCAGUCCCGUACGCUCUAAGCCCUCGCCUGUAUCAGAGCCUACUGCCAACAACCAGCCUCAAGCCAUCCCAGAAUCCCCCAUUCAACCAGUGUCGUCUAUGAAGACAUGGACCCCCAGUCUCAGCCGAGGUCUGGGCUCUCCUCGACUGUCAGAAAAGUCCUUGUCCGCUCCCCCGAAGUCAGUGACUUACUCUGGCCUCAUCCAACACAACACAGACCGGGUGGAAGAUGCGGGCGGGGACAUGCCUUUUGGAAGGGGAGUGGAGCGGAGGCGGGAGCUGGUGAGGUCACAGACGUUGCCGCGCAACCUUGGAGCUCAGGCCCGCCGGUCCAUCUUUGAAAGGCUGGAUUCUGAAGCCAGCAGUAGGCCCAAGCCCAUGGACUCCAAGCCCAAGCUGAAGCGUUCUCAGAGCUUUGGUGUGUCCAGCGCCAGCAGCAUCAAGCAGAUUCUUCUGGAACACACACGCGCACGCACACGCAACCACACACUCCUAACUCUGUCUCUCCGUCCCCAGAACAUAGACAUCCAGAACUUCUCGUCCAGUUGGAGUGACGGCAUGGCCUUCUGUGCCCUGGUCCAUUCCUUCUUCCCCACUGAGUUUGACUACAACGUGCUGACGCCUGCCGACCGCAAACACAACUUUGAGCUGGCCUUCGGAACAGCGGAGGAGAAGGCGGGCUGUGACCGGCUCAUCGAGGUGGACGAUAUGAUGGUGAUGGGGCGCAAGCCGGACCCCAUGUGUGUCUUUACCUACGUCCAGUCCAUGUACAACCACCUGCGCAAGUUUGAGUGAUGAACGAUGACCUGGCAGCUACUCGA